GAGACAUAAACAAAGACAGGGAUAAUCAGACUUGCCAGAAGAGCCGAUGUACAAAUAAAGAAUCUGUUUUGACAUGAAAUGGAUAUAUCCAUAUAUCUCUGACUCAUAUUUACGAGAUGAUAAAAUAUGGCAAAAGCUAUACCGAAAAUUAGUUCGCGUAGGAGUGGACGUAUUGGUUCACGUAAGGGUGCACGUAGAAUACCAAAGGGAGUUAUUCAUGUUCAAGCAAGUUUCAAUAAUACCAUUGUCACUGUUACAGAUGUACGGGGUCGAGUAGUUUCUUGGUCCUCUGCUGGUACUUCUGGAUUCAAAGGUACGAGAAGAGGAACACCGUUUGCUGCUCAAACCGCAGCAGCAAACGCUAUCCAUACAGUAGUGGAUCAAGGUAUGCAACGAGCAGAAGUCAUGAUAAAAGGUCCCGGUCUCGGAAGAGAUGCAGCAUUACGAGCUAUUCGUCGAAGUGGUAUACUAUUAACUUUCGUACGGGAUGUAACUCCUAUGCCACAUAAUGGCUGUAGACCUCCGAAAAAACGACGUGUAUAGAACUAAAUAAAGGCUGAAAGGGUUUCAAGAGAAAUAAA